GAGGUGGCGGGAACCUGCUGGGCACUGGGGGGCGGGAAGGCCGCAGGCGGUGGAUGGGCAGGCCCAUGACUUCCCCGGGCGCCCAGCUCCUCAGGGCAGCCUUUCUGGCAGCCCUCCUGCUGCUGCUGCAGGUGAGGGGGGCGAAGCCUCAAGGAGGGAUUCCAGGCCCCAGCGAGAGGAGGCAGACCGAGCAAAUACCUUCUGCAGAUCUGAACCAAGAGCAGUUCAAAGAGUACUUUGUGGCCUCCUCAGUGGGUGAGAGGUGGCAGAAGGUGGAUAUGGCCCAGCAAGAGGACGACAAGACAGCCGAGGAUGCUGCUGUUCGUGAACACCUAUUCGACCUGGCCUUGUGCUUUAAUCUGGCCAGCAUCAUGGUUUUUUUAUGA